UUGUUUUUUGUUUUUUUGCAACGACAGCGGGGCAAACCAUUCAGAUUGCGGCGGCCAACCAGAAUGAGCUGACCACGCAGGGCUUGCAGACGAUCACGAUGACGAAUGCGGGCCAGGGCGCGGUGACGGCAGCGGCCAUGCCAGCCGGCACCACCAUCGUACAGUACACACAGGGAGACGGAUCGCAACAGUUCGUCACUGUUCCAGUUUCCAUCUCUCCAGCCGGCGAGGUCCAGGCCUACCAGAUCCGAGCGCCGUCCUCGCUUCCAGCCGGGGUCGUCAUGGCAACGCCCACCGGCAUCACCAGCCCCCAGCAGCUGGCCGAGGAGUCAGCGCGGAAGCGUGAGCUGAGACUUAUGAAGAACAGGUACAAAAACAGAGAGGCAGCAAGAGAGUGCCGACGGAGGAAGAAAGAGUACGUCAAAUGCCUGGAAACUCGCGUGGCCGUCCUGGAACAGCAGAACAAAACCCUCAUCGAAGAGCUCAAGUCCCUCAAAGAGCUCUAUUGUCACAAGACAGAGACAGAGUAGCCGUAGGAUUUUGUACUUCCGAGAAGGGAAAGAAAGAAAAGUUAGCAUUUUUUGGUGCAAAAAGACAACAGAAAAAAUCUUGAAGUCUAUCCAUCCACAUGUCCACUGUCGUAGAGAAAGGGUUUGUGUGUUGUGCACACGUUUGGGGAGACGCAAAUAUCCUGACAUGUUUCGUAUUCUUGUUAACCGUGCAGAGUGGCAGCCAGGGAGUGCCGGAAGAAGAAGAAAGAGUAUGUGAAGUGUCUGGAAAAUCGCGUGGCUGUACUUGAACAGCAAAACAAGGCUCUGAUUGAGGAACUGAAACAGCUAAAAGACCUCUAUUGUCACAAGAACGAGUAGAGGAUGGUUCCGACUCACGGUUCGGGGUGGUUGGGGGCAACUUGUCAUUUGUGUGAGUUGUCGGCAUUUCCACUUGUAAAUAUUGGUGCUGUCUUAGGUUUUAUGGGGUCUUUUCAUGGUGUAUGUGAAUCUGUACAACGUCAACUGGGAAACGUAUAGUCUGGUAUAACUGCUGUCAAGUGUACACGUAUGUAUCCCUGAGUGGUUUAAAAAGGGGGAUUGAGAAUGCAGUACAACUUGUGUUGUGUACUAGUGUCGGCCGUACCACCUCCACACAACUUGUGUAUAAAUGCUGAUGUAUGUAGAUUUAAACAUGUGAUACGAGGGAGAGAAGGAACGACAGGUUUGCAGUCCUGAUGUCUGUACAGAGAAAGAGCUUCACACACGUCGGCUUUGUCAGAGUGUAGUGGACAGUUGUGGUCUUGUGGUCCAAGCUCAUGUCUUGUUAUGUUGCUGAAAUUUAAAAACAAGUCGACAAAAUUCACAUGUCCAGAGGUCAGAAGAAAAAGCACAUUGUCGUGAUUUUGUACCAAGUAUGUCAGUUGUAAUGCUUAAGACCCGUUAAUCGUCAUUUUGUAUGAAACUUUUGCAUUUGUAUCACCAGCAUUAUUGCAUAAUUUAACAAUUCUCAAUAACUAGUAGCAAGGCUUGUUAAUGUGUAAUGAAGUUACAUUGCUGCCUGUCUUUUCCCCACGUAUUCUGCGUUAUCACGUGAUAAUUUUGUACAGUAAAUGAACUCUUCUAAUCCAGAUAGUUGCUUCGUGUACGAAGGUAGAACGAAUUUGAAUAUUCCCAAAGCUAUUUUUGUAUGGUUGCAAUGUAUGUGUUUUUAUGGUAGCUUUAUCCACAGUAACUGUGGUAUGUUAGCUUUUGUAUAGUAGUGCUUGUGAUGGUAGACUUUAUAUCACAUUCCAGUGUUUAUAGUGUCUUGUAACAGGCUACAACUUUGUAUUAUUGUCUAACUUGUGAUGUCGGAAUGCUAGAAACUGUAGGAAGAAAACAUACCUAAGGUAAACACAAAACAUUGUACUGAAUUUGUAGAUGUUGAAAACACAGUAGACGUAUGGUUUGUAGACUGGAGUAACAUAACAUUUUUGUGACUAUUCCCAUGGUUUGCCACAAGCAAUAAGUUGAAUUAUUAGACCUUUCCAACGUAAGCUAGUUUAAGACUUUAAGUGGUGUCCAUAUUUUACACUGUUAGAAUGAACAUAUGGUAGAGAUUUAAUCCAAGUGAUGGCUCCAGUUUGAGCUACCCAAUGGUGCAUUGCAGUAAAAUGCUCAUGUUUGUACUCAAAUGGGUUUAAAAGAUGUUCAUUUGUUGGAAAGGACCUGAGAUGGUGCUCUGGUUGGGAAUGAUGACCAUGUUUAUUUUCGAAUAUCAUUAUACUCUGUUUAUUUAUUAAACUGGAUAACAACACCCAAA